AGACCAACGUCUAAAACUGCUGUACAGAUCUGCUACAAGUCUUGGAGGACCUUCUAGGCGUUCCCUGUGUAGCGUGGGAGCAUACCCUCUUGUCGGCUGAUAAUUCUCGUUGACACUUCGUCGGAGAAAAUGGCGGCUGGAGUGAGACAGGAGCUUGCACAACUUAUGAAUUCAAGCGGAUCUCACAAAGAUCUCGCUGGAAAAUAUCGACAGAUUCUGGAGAAGGCCAUCCAAUUCACAGAUGCAGAACAAUUGGAAUCAUUAAAAGCAUUCGUCGAAGCAAUGGUCAAUGAGAACGUCAGCUUAGUGAUUUCUAGACAGCUGCUGACAGACUUCUGCACAAACAUACCCAGUCUUCCUGACAGCACAGCCAAGUCAGUUUACCACUUUACACUAGAGAAGAUACAGCCCAGGGUCAUCUCAUUUGAAGAACAGGUGGCCUCCAUCAGACAGCACUUAUCCACCAUCUAUGAGAAGGAGGAGGACUGGAGAAACGCUGCUCAGGUUCUAGUGGGCAUUCCUCUGGAGACAGGACAGAAGCAGUACAAUGUAGACUAUAAGUUGGACACGUACCUGAAGAUCGCCCGUCUGUACCUGGAGGAUGAUGACCCUGUCCAGGCCGAGGCCUACAUCAACAGAGCCUCUCUGCUACAGAACGAGUCCACCAACGAACAGCUACAGGUCCACUACAAAGUGUGCUACGCCAGAGUGUUGGACUACAGGAGGAAGUUUAUCGAGGCUGCACAGCGGUACAACGAGCUCUCUUACAAGUCCAUCGUCCACGAGACAGAGCGUCUAGAGGCCCUGAAACACGCUCUUCAUUGCACCAUCCUGGCAUCAGCAGGCCAGCAGCGCUCCCGUAUGUUAGCCACCCUGUUUAAAGACGAGCGCUGUCAGCAGCUGGCGGCCUACGGCAUCCUAGAGAAGAUGUACCUGGACCGCAUUAUCAGGGGGAACCAGCUGCAGGAGUUUGCUGCCAUGCUUAUGCCCCACCAGAAAGCCACCACUGGGGAUGGCUCCAGCAUAUUGGACAGAGCUGUUAUUGAACACAACCUGCUGUCUGCUAGCAAACUUUACAACAACAUCACGUUUGAAGAGCUAGGGGCGCUUCUGGAGAUCCCUCCCGCUAAGGACGAUUAUCUCCAUGGUGAGGUCCCUGGUUACAGAUGCAGUCUGGCUGAGAAGAUCGCCUCCCAGAUGAUAACAGAGGGACGCAUGAACGGCUUUAUUGACCAGAUAGACGGAAUCGUCCACUUUGAGACACGGGAGCCCCUGCCCACCUGGGACAAGCAGAUCCAGUCUCUAUGUUUUCAGGUGAACAACCUGCUGGAAAAGAUCACUGCUGCUGCUCCUGAGUGGACAGCCCAGGCCAUGGAGGCUCAGAUGGCCCAGUAGACUGACUGACACCC